AUGGACCCGUUCACGGAGAAACUCCUUGAGAGGACGCGUGCCAGGCGAGAGAACCUGCAGAAAAAAAUGGCCGAGCGGCCACGUGCAGCAGCCAGGACCUCGGCCCAGAACAAGCGGCCCCGGGAGCCUCUGGCAGAAGCCAACCACCAGCUGCCGCCGCGGGAGGGAGAAGAAAGAAUUUGCCCAAAGCCUUCCCCCUCGAAACGGGCCUGUUCAGACCCCCCGGAAGUGCCACCUUCAAACCUGGAAAACCAAGAGCCGGCGGCUUCCCCUCCUCCGCCGGGGGCCGGUGCUGCCCUGGGGCCCCCCGGCUCACCCGUGCGGGAGGCCGGAAUGCCAGCCACUGCCGCCUCCUCUGUUAAAAGUCGCAUGCAGAGACUCGCCCAGCAGCGGCGUGGCUGGGACAGUGACGAUGGCGUCCUCGAGCAGCCUAGCCCGGCGCCCAGCCCGGCCGUCGAACAGACUGAGGCUCCCCCGGAGCCCGCGGCCGCCCCACUAGGGCGACGGGGCCGCCUGGCCAACCUUGCUGCCACCAUUUGUUCCUGGGAAGAUGACCUAAGCCACCCAUCUGCCAAGGCCGGCCGUGGCCAAGAGCAGCCUGGCACCGCUUGUCUGCCCGCGGCUUCCUCCUCCGGGGCAGCAUCUGCUCCCGUCAAUAGCAGCUCUGUUGGCCAGAGAGCCCCCGGCUGCUCCCGCCUGGAGCCAGGGGCCCCGGCGGCCGGCUCGGCAGCCAGCUCGGCGGCUGGCUCGCGGGACGCCAGCUCCGGGAGUGCUCCGAAAGCUGCUCCUUCCCCGCUGAAAUCCUGCCCGGCCUCUGGGAGGAGGAGUCCCACGCCAGGGAGCGGGCAGAAGCCGGAGCCCCUUCUGCCCACGGAGCGUGCGAGGCCGCGGCUCCAGGCUGUGCCAUCCCCAGCCGGGCCGUCCAAGGGUGUCCAGGGGCCGCCUCGGCCCGGAGACCAGGCCGCCACGACCCCAGGGGGAGCCGGCAUCAAGCCUUUCUUGGACCGUUUUGGAGAGCGCUGCCAAGAGCAGGGCAGAGCGAGCCCUGCGGCUCCGACCCCGCCUCGAGCGCCCCUCGUCACCCCCAACACCAAGGCCAUCCAGGAGAGGCUGCUCCGGCACAACGCGGCGUCCUCCUCCGCCUCCUUCAGCCAGCAGCUCAAGCAGGAACGAGAGAAAGAACUCGCCAGUCUCCGUGGCCGUCUGGACAAGGGCCACCUGUGGGCCGCAGAGCGAGGGGAGAGCUCGAAGAGUAAACCGGCGGGCCCCAAGGAGGAACCGCAGGGUCCGAAUGGCUUCCCAGGAAGAUGCCCAGCCCGUCCCGAGGAGGAGCAGCCCCGCCCGGGCCCUCAGACGCUGCCCCUGAAGUCUCCCGCCAUCGAGCCUGCGGGGCUGCACGAGACCAACCUGGCCACUUGCUUAGCGUCCCAUGAGCGUGCCUGGCGUCACGUGGGCCGGUGCACCGAGGUGCCCGGGCUCCCGAUAGCCCGUGAGCUGGCACAAGGACCUUGUGGCCCAGGCUGUUCAGGGAAGCACUUGGCAAGCCGCCAGCCUUCGGGCAUUCCCCGAGGAGCCUCCUUCCUGACUGGGGCCUGGCGAAGGGGAAAGCCGAGGGGCUCCCUGGCCUGCUGCAGGAGGAGUGACGAGACCGAGGCCGACUGCGCGGCCGAAUCUCCCUGCGUCCUCGUGGCAGGACCAUCCGCCUGGCCGGGAAUGAGCAGGGCUGGGGCGUUGGGAGCCCGCCUUGCCUUGGUUUUCUUCAGAGGAGCCCCUUCGCAGCCAUUCGUCCCCCAGAGUGUCGAGGGCUGGCCCUGCCACUCUGCUCACCUGCUGUCGGGGGCCCCCCAUUUCUUCCCACAAGAGGGCUUUUAUUUCUCACAAGGCGUUCCUGAAAGCGAAAUGAGCACGUCGAGUCCUUUGAGAAUCACUCUGUUCCUAGAAGAGGAAAAAUCCCUGAAAGCCCCUCCGGAGCCUGAGGAGGAGAAGCAGCCAGAAGAGGUACGUGAGGGGGAGAGGAGCUCGGGCCAGGAGGAGGACCUCAACAGUUCCAAAGUCAUCAGUGACAUCUUCAGCGAAGUCUUGGAGGGGAACGGCCUGGACCUGGAGCCUCAGGAGAGCUGGGAAGAAGCGGGCAGCCCCGACGAUGCCCUGAACAUCUCGUCCAUGUCUUUACUGACCCCGUUAGAAGAAACCGUGAACGUGAGAAGUCCGGAGGUACUCGCUUCCUCUCCCAGUCUGGAAACCAAAGAGAGCAGCGCCAGUGAGGAAGCUCCAAAGGCCGGGAAGUUCCAGAGGCCUCGGGUGCCCAGAGCCGAGUCGGAGGACAGCAUCGGCUCUGGAGAGCGGGACCUUCUCUACAGCAUCGACGCCUACCGCUCCCAGAGGCUCAAAGGCAUCGAGCGCCCCUCCAUAAAGCAGGUGAUCGUGCGCAGAGAAGACGUCUCCUCCAGACUGGAAGGGCGGAAGGAAGCUCGGCCCUGCCAGGUGGACGUCAAGCAGAAGAUACAGGAGCUGAACAACGAGGUCAAUCUGCAGCAGACGGUGAUUUAUCAGGCCAGCCAAGCUCUGAAUUGCUGCACGGAUGGAGAGCACGGGAAGGGCUCCCUGGAGGAGGCGGAAGCCGAGAGGCUCCUCCUGAUCGCAACCGAGAAAAGGGCGGCUUUGAUUGAAGAAUUAAACAAACUGAAGAGCGAGGGGCCUCGCCGCCAGCCCCGAGCCAGCCCCGACACGUUGGCUCCCUCCAGGGGCUCCGUGGCGCUCUCGGAGUUCCGGCUGCCUCUGAAAGCCGACUUUGUCUGCGACGUGGCUCAGAGAGCAGAGUCGACGUAUUACUACUUAAUUAUGCUGAAGGCGGGAGCAGAAAACAUGGUGGCGACGCCUUUGGCGAGCACCGCGGACUCUCUCACCGGAGACGCGCUGACGUUCACCACCACGUUUACCCUGCAAGACGUGGCCAAUGACUUUGAGAUCCAUGUGGAAGUGUACAGUCUGGUGCAGAAGAGAGCACUCCUGGGGCCCGAGAAGAAGAGGAAGGCGGCCAAGGCCAAGGCCAUCACUCCAAAGCGGCUCCUGACAUCUAUCGCCGCCAAAAGCAGCCUCCAUUCAGUGACGGCCAGCCCGGGGGGCUUCAACGCCGUGCGCACCAGCAACUUCGUGCUCGUCGGCUCGCACACCCUGUCGCUGUCGUCCGUAGGAAGUACCAGAUUCGCUUUGGACAAGGUGCCUUUCCUGUGUCCCCUGGAAGGCCAUCUUCACUUAAAAAUAAAGUGCCAGGUGGAUUCGUCAGUGGAAGAAAAGGGCUUUCUGACCAUCUUCGAGGACGUCAGUGGCUUCGGGGCUUGGCACAGGCGUUGGUGCGUGCUUGCCGGGAACUGCAUCUCCUAUUGGACCUACCCGGAUGACGAGAAGCGGAAGAACCCCCUCGGGAGGAUCAACUUGGCCAACUGUACCAAUCGCCAGAUAGAGCCAGCCAGCCGAGAGUUCUGCGCCCGGCGCAAUACGUUCGAACUCAUUACCGUCCGGCCACAGAGGGAAGACGACAAAGAGACUCUCGUCAGCCAGUGCCGAGACACGCUCUGCGUCACCAAGAACUGGCUAUGUGCCGACACUAAGGAGGAACGGGAUCUGUGGAUGCAGAAACUCAACCAGGUCCUGGUGGACAUUCGCCUCUGGCAGCCGGACGCCUGCUACAAGCCAGUGGGGAAGCCCUGA